GUUUAGUAUAGAUUUGAUCCCCCCAGAAUCAUUGGCGAUGGCAGUGCUAUUAAUUUCCGCACAUGUCCUCAGCCUAGCCUUGUUCCCGGUCUGUCAGACGGCAGCGCCCGAGGUGAUCCGCCAUACCUUGUGACACGCUAUAUUUUAGCUCGUCUGUAAAUAGAAUCGUAUGGAUCCAGGUCAAAAGGUGAUGUUGUAGAAAUAGCUAUAUAAUUGAGGACUGCUCACCCCAAUGUGGCACCAGAUCCAGCUCCCUGUGUCGGAUUAUCUUUACAUUCUUUAACCCCGACUUAUUAUAUUCGUUUGUUCGCUAGUUCGUUCAUUUAUUCAUUCAUUUAUUUGCCAAAUCAGAAACACAAUGCGCUGCUCUAUUCCCGCUGUCCUUCCCGCCAUUUUGGCUGCUGGUUCAGUCCAGGCUCUGGCUAUUCCUACCGAUGUCGAUCUUACCAAGGCUGUGACUACGACCUGGGACGGUGCUAAGCGUGAGGUCGACCUGGCCACCCGAGCUCCAGUUGAAAAGCGCCUCGUUAUUGCUACCAUCCUCACGGCUGCUGCUACAGCUGCUGCUACAGCUGCCGCUAGCGAGGCUGCCGUCAAAGCGGUAGACGCAGCGGUAGACUUUAUCAAGGAUCUCGCCGACUGGGACGAUGCCCGUGAGGCAUUCACUCAGAACACCACGGCCACCAUGUGGGCCAACAAUCCCGACGUCAACUUGUACCCAGCGGCCAUCUGCUACAACAAGGGAUGGUCUGUUAAGGAUUCAUCUCUCAUUUCCGAUGUUGUCUCGGUCAAACUUGAGUUGGGGGUGCUGAACACUGACUACGAUUGCAUGUACAUGCAAAGUGGCAACCAGUUUUACACUGAGAGCGAAGGCGGAUUUAUCAAUCUGUCAUACUCCUACAACGAGCUGUGCAGCUUCGAUCAGGUCACCGGUGAUCUGACCUGUAACUAAGAAACUCGGGAAUGGUGAUUUCGGACCAAGGGCAUAUGAACCACACUAUGCUAUGUGAACGAUGGAUAUAAGAGUAGGAACUGUACUAAAAAGGUCCUUGCAAUCGGUAGACUCUAAUUCUUGUCGUACGCAUCCUUAGGUGCUGUAAGAUAUAUAAUUUUACAUAUUUAUCUAACUAUAGGAUAUUGACUACUUUUCUCUAAUGUGGUCACUUAUUAUCAAAACAUAGAGAUAAUAUUAUUGUGACGAAAACUCAACUAGUCUAGCU